GGGAGUGGUGUGAUAACAGGGAAAGGGAGGGAGAGAGACUUAGGAGAGGGGCAGGGGGGAAGGGUGGGAGUUUAGAGGAGGUAAGGGUUAAGUUAGGGGUGAUGUUUAGGAUGGUAGGGUAGUGGUAGUAGGCGAGUGAAGGCAGGCAGGGAGGCAGACACCAACACAAGGGGAGCAGCAGUACGUGUAGCGACAGUGGAGGGUGUGGGACGAAGCAUACACCAUGCCAUCCAUCAUUAGCAGUAACAAUUACAAGCACUUCCAGCUGACAGUGCUACAGCAGCAGCAGCAGCUGACGGUGCUACAGCAGCAGCUGAUGGUGCUACAGCAGCAGCUGACGGUGCUACAGAAGCAGCUGACGGUGCUACAGCAACAGCAGCAACUGACAGUGCUACAGCAGCAGCUGACAGUGCUACAGAAGCAGCAGCAGCUGACCGUGAUGCCUCAACACUUCACCUACCUUCUAGCCCUUAUGACCUCUCGUUGGAUACUACCAAAAGAACUGUCGCCAGCAAAGAGAAUACGAAAAUGGAAUCAAAACACAGGAAGAUCAACAUCACACGAAGUGCAUGCCAACAGGUCACCUGUUUCUUUACGCCUCCAGUAACAAACACAAAACUUUUCAAACAUUAAAAGAUACAAGAAAACCAUAAAAUAAUUUUAUUUAAUACAGUAUGAGUAUCCAAAUUAUUAUCAACCAGUCCACAUGGUAUAUACACAAUUGAGCAUGGUGUUAUAUUAUCACAUCACUCACAAAUAUUGUGAACUAGUCUGUAUAUAAAGCAUGGUAUCGGUGGGGUUAGAGAGGUUAGCAUGGGCCUCAGGGCCCAUGAUAACCUCCCUAUGAUGUAUAAAUAUACCUAAUUGGAUGAAUCCUAUUGUAGCCAUCUGGCCCAGUGGCUUACACACUCACAUACUUGCUUGCCAUGGGUUCUAACCCCACCUGUACCAUGGUUUGUUUGUAAUCGUGUUAUUACAAUUUUGUGAGUUAGGCGAGUUAGUCUGUAGAUAAUUACACAAGCAAAAUACAUGACAGUUAAGAGAAUUAGAGUGAAAGUCUGAGCAACACAGUCAACCAGCAGUCAGGGGUCAA